AAAGCGGGCGCGCAGAAGGGGAGGAGACGGUGGAGGAAUGGCCUGACUUUCCCGGUUAAAACAUCUUAAGCCCCUGAAUGCAGAAGGACGACGCGCCUCCCAGUAGGAAAUGACUACGGCUCGAGACCCUGAACGCCAGAGCGUGUCGAUCCCUGGAAGCCAGACCUUGACACAAAGGACAUCAAACAGCAGUUGGGAAUAUCCGGAAGGGCGGACACUUUGACAUCGCCUUUUGCCACCUUUCCCUUUAUUUCCCAAGAUACUUACUGAGUGUCUCCAGUGUGCCAGGCAGCAGAUCUAUGCGCAUAGAGGAACCUUGGAAUGCCAUACAGCAGUACGUAUCCAGUGAUCAUCUCUUCUUGCUGAUUUAACAGGGGUAUCACACAUAUAUAUUUGCUGCUAUCUGCUACUACAUACACUCAAAACGAGAAAUUUGGACUAAUUGUUUUGACUACAAAUAACUUCUAAACAUGAUGCAUUUCAAAAGUGGACUCGAAUUAACUGAGUUGCAAAACAUGACAGUGCCCGAGGAUGAUAACAUUAGCAAUGAUUCCAAUGAUUUCACCGAAGUAGAAAAUGGUCAAAUAAAUAGCAAGUUUAUUUCUGACCGUGAAAGUAGAAGAAGUCUCACAAACAGCCAUUUGGAAAAAAAGAAAUGUGAUGAAUAUAUCCCAGGAACAACCUCCUUGGGCAUGUCCGUCUUUAACCUGAGCAACGCCAUCAUGGGCAGUGGGAUUUUGGGACUCGCCUUUGCCUUGGCCAACACUGGAAUCCUUCUUUUUCUGAUACUUUUGACUUCAGUAACAUUGCUGUCCAUCUAUUCAAUAAACCUUCUAUUGAUCUGUUCCAAGGAAACAGGCUGCAUGGUUUAUGAAAAGCUGGGAGAACAAGUCUUUGGCACCACAGGGAAGCUGGUCAUCUUUGGAGCCACCUCUCUACAGAACACUGGAGCAAUGCUGAGCUACCUCUUCAUAGUAAAAAAUGAACUACCCUCUGCCAUAAAAUUUCUAAUGGGAAAGGAAGAGGCAUUUUCAGCCUGGUAUGUGGACGGCCGAGUUCUGGUGGUGAUGGUUACCUUUGGCAUAAUUCUCCCUCUGUGUCUCUUGAAGAAUUUAGGAUAUCUUGGGUAUACUAGUGGAUUUUCCUUGAGCUGUAUGGUCUUUUUCCUAAUAGUGGUUAUCUACAAGAAAUUUCAAAUUCCCUGUGGUAUUCGAGAGCUAAAUUCAACAGCAAAUGCUAAUUCAACAAAUGCUGACAUGUGUACGCCAAAAUAUGUUACUUUCAAUUCCAAGACCGUGUAUGCUUUACCAACCAUUGCAUUUGCAUUUGUCUGCCACCCAUCAGUCCUGCCAAUCUACAGUGAGCUUAAAGAUCGAUCACAGAAAAAAAUGCAGAUGGUUUCAAAUAUCUCCUUUUUCGCCAUGUUUGUUAUGUACUUCUUGACUGCCAUUUUUGGCUACUUGACAUUCUAUGACAAUGUGCAUUCAGACCUCCUUCACAAGUACCAGAGCAAAGAUGACAUUCUCAUCCUGACAGUGCGGCUAGCUGUCAUUGUUGCUGUCAUCCUCACCGUGCCGGUGUUAUUUUUCACAGUUCGUUCAUCUUUAUUUGAACUGGCUAAGAAAACAAAGUUUAAUUUAUGUCGUCAUGUCUUGGUUACCUUCAUACUCUUGGUUAUCAUCAACUUGCUGGUGAUCUUCAUACCCUCCAUGAAGGAUAUUUUUGGAGUCGUAGGAGUUACAUCUGCUAAUAUGCUUAUUUUCAUUCUUCCUUCAUCUCUUUAUUUAAAAAUCACAAACCAGGAUGGAGAUAAAGGCACUCAAAGAAUCUGGGCGGCCCUCUUUUUGGGCCUGGGGGUACUGUUCUCCUUGGUCAGCAUCCCCUUGGUCAUCUAUGACUGGGCCUGCUCAUCCGGUAGUGACGAAGGCCACUGAGACCAGCCGGAAAAGAAAGCAUUCCGGUCUGCUGCUCAUCAAGUCUCCACACAUCAGCAAUUCCUCAUCACUUCUUUUGCAAGUUCACAGAAACAACAGAAAAGUACAAGAUACUUAAAAUGGAACAGCACUUUGGUUGCAAAUUGGAGACCUGUUUCUGUAACAGUUCGUGCCCCUCCAACAUUUGGGAUCUCUUUAGGAAUGGUGGACCUUCCCCCCAUCCCCCAAAUUUCAUGCACUUAUAUUAUAAAGUACUUUUCAAGUCAGUUAUUUUCCAUUCUCCUAACUCUGUUUUUGUGGCUUUGUAGUCUCUUAGAACUUUGAAAACAUGAUCAUCAAUCGUGUUGACUUAUUACAUAUCCAGGUUCUGAGAUAAUUUUCCUACUGAUGUUCAGCUCACACUAUCUGGAUCUUUUUAGAAAAGAAUCUUGAAUUGUAUAUAUUUAUUUUGCUUUAUAGGAAAAAACCAGUUUUUCGUAAAUAAUUUGCCUAUUUUGGUUGACAUAGCACACCAAGUUAAUCAUAUGGGAGUCACAGGGCACGUGCCAUUGCCUAAUCUGAGCACGCCCAUUGUUUGAGGCAGCUCAGAUCAGGGCCGUCCAGCUGCCUAGCAGGUACAACAUACUGCUCCCAUGAAAGAUAUUCCCUUGUGAGUGUCCUCAGAUAGGAAGGGGUUGGAAUAAUACCUUCAUCAAUAUAUUAAACUACACAUUUAUCUAA